AUUGGUGAUAUCAGAGGCCCUGUGAUUAAGGGCGCGCCGAAUACAGGCACGAUGAGGGCACGUGCACACGUUAACACCGUGGCCUAGUAAACGCUGUUCGUCGUGACCGAAUCGUGUACCUACCACCUGCAGCUGGUAGUGCUUUCGAGCGUCUAAUAAAAGCCGGUCGAUCGUCGAUUGCAAUCGGUUCCGUCGCCACCGUCCGGUCACGAUCAGCGCACGUUCUGGUAACGCGCUCAGUGAAACCGUGUACACCGCAUCCCGUCGACGUCGGUUCACCAACCCGUCACGGAGACGCCGGUAUACGGUCGUUCACAUAACCGUAUCGCUCGUCGUAGAAGCGCUCGCGCCUCCAUCCAAUAACGUGAUAUGGCUGCCGCAUCUGCGAACACCAUUGCCGCUGUGGUAGCGGACGAACAACAUGGCGGGUUCACGAUAAGCCCGGCCGCGCACCAGCAGCAGCAGCAACCGGACGCGAUGACGACCACGUCGCCGCUGGUCGGUCUGGUCAGCGGGUGCGCCGGUGCUGUGGCGCUCGUGUACGUGGGACAACCGUUGGACACGGUCAAGGUGCGCAUGCAGCUGUCGGCGGCUUCCAGCGCGGUAGCGUCGGGUGGCGGCGUGUCCAUGUGGAGUUGCGUGCGCGACAUGUGGCGUCAGGCAUUGGUGGCUCCGGUACCGCUCCAACGGCACCCGGACGGAACGGCAGUAGUCCGCAGAGGCGUCGUCGAGGCGUGCGCGCUACCGACUGCGGCCACGAGCCAGACCAGCAAAGCGGCCGCGGCCGCACGCAUGGCCCGGCUUAUGUACGCCGGCACGGCGCCCGCGCUUCUGGCCAACGUGGCCGAGAACGGAGUGCUGUUCGCGGCGUACGGCCCGUGCCAGCGUCUGGUGGCGUUCACGAUGGAUCUAUUUGGCGGCGGCGGCGGCGGCGGUGCCGUCGAAGACGCGGAGAACAAAUUGGGCCCGGCCGGCAUGGCCACGGCGGGCAGCCUGGCGUCGCUGUGCUCCGCAUUCGCGCUGUGCCCCACCGAACUGAUCAAGGUCCGGUUGCAGGCGGCCGACCUGGAGAGGUUGAACACCGCGAAGAACGGAGGAGGCGCGUCCAAACAGCCGCACGGAACUAGGGUCGCGGCCGGCACGCUACAGGUAGUGGCCGACGUGUGGAAGACCGAGGGUGGUCUGCGAGGCAUGUACCGCGGGCUCGGGUCGACGGUGGCCCGGGAGAUGCCCGGUUACUACGUGUUCUUCUUGGCGUACGAGGCGAGCCGCACUUACUUGAACGAUUGGCAUCACGGGCCCGUCGGUAAGACGACCAACCGGGACGAACCUACUUGGGUGACGAUGAUGGCUGGCGCGGCGGCCGGCACCUGCCUCUGGCUGGUCGUGUAUCCCGUGGACGCGGUCAAGUCGCGCAUUCAAGCUUCCAGUGGUGGCGGCGGCGGCUGCGUCGAGACCUCCAGCGGCAAUUUCUUGAAGACCAUGGCGCUGUCUGUGCGCACCGAAGGCCCACUAGCCCUGUACCGCGGCCUCGCGCCCACCUUGCUGCGCACCGUGCCUGCGUCCGCUGUCAUGUUCUGGACCGUGGAGCGCACCAACUCUCUGCUGACCGGUUACGGGCUCUAAAGCACUCGUUCGGGACUGCGCAACACCCUGCGAUUUUUAACUUAUAUCUACAACGACCGCGCCGGUUAGACAUCUAUUAUAUUCCUAUAAAUAUGUAUUAUUUCCUGGUGUGUGUAUCUCCAUCGGCGGCCGCGUCUACCAAACCAUAUCUCGACCCUCCCCUCAUAGCUCCUAACGCCGCCGUCGACGAUGUGCAUCACGUGUCAAUAGAAUAUCGCAAUACGUUACAAAGUUUGUUCAUUUCCAUGUAUAAAAAACGUGUUUAGACGUAUUGAUGUGUAAAAAAAAGCUUACGGUGCAGUUAAACGCUAAUAAUACGUGUUUUUCUGUUCGAAAUCGGGUGCCUGGAAAUAGGUUUUUAUUUUUAUUAUUUUUUUCCAGCCAAAUUGUAUGGCAAGUGUAUAAUAUAGUGUUUUGUUAAAGAUUUUUUUUUAUUUUUACAUUUGACAAAAUGCAAUAAAUAUGUAUUGCUCAUUUUUAGUUGAACACAGUAUAAUUGUUAUCUAGAUUUUUACGUUUAAUAUUCUAGUAUUUAUGUAUAAAAAAUAAGUGCAAACAAGUCUUCCAUAUACUUUAUUACUAUAAUUAUAGUGCUCAGUUGUUGUUGUUAUUAAUGUUUGACAGUUUAGUUAAAUUGUAAUUAUUUUUUUAUUAUUAUUUACAAAAAAAUAUUUCUUAUUGUUAUAAUAAUUUUUAGGGCAAUAUCAUCGACGUCUCCUUUGCGUUUUGUAAUUUUUCUCUGAUCUGAUGAUUUGUGUUUGGUCUCGCCCAUCUACCUUUACAGUAAAUCUCCCUUUGAAUAAUUUAUCGAUACAUGACACAAUAUCUAUGACUGAAUGUAUUUGUACGUCGUUCUUGUAAUGUAUAAUAGAAUUUGUAGACUGCCCACAA